UGAAACACAGUUUCAUCCGUCAAGUCUGCGCGCAAGGUUGGCUUCUCGUUCUCAUUUUCAUUAUCAACAAAAGCUUCUCUGCUAUCAUAUCGCUUUUGCUCACAUUUGGAUCCAGUCGUGGGCUCGUGAACAGACUCUGUGUUGAAAAUAAUGCUAUCGGUGUGCUAUCACAAUCGAACUAAUCAACGGACGAUAACUGUGAUGUGAGUUUGGUGAUAAACAUUGUUUAGACUAUGAAUAAAUUCGUAACAAUCAGUGACAGUGGCUGAAAGUGAAAAUUAAGUUACAAAAUGAGACAUGCAUCCAAACGAAAUGCAAAAAAGUGUAUCGGUGCAAGUAGAUAGUGAUUUCGCCUUGUUCCUGCCCAGUGGUGCUUAUGAAAUAAAGAAAAUGGAACCAAGAUCUAAACUGAGAAAAGUUAUACUGUUCUGUUUGCUACUUUCUCUAUUUGGGAUGGUGGCAUUUGGCUAUUUCUGCCCUGAUCAGGUGUGCGCGGCGCCGCGCGAGCGCGUGGCGGAGGCGGCGCUGGCGCUGAGCUACGCGGAGGCGCCGGGCCGGCCGCUGCCCGACGUGAUCGCGCAGCCGGGCCUGUCGUACGACGAGGUGCUGCACGACGACUUCCGCUUCGACCUGGACGCGCACGACGUCAUGGUCUUCCUGCACAUACAGAAGACCGGCGGCACGUCCUUCGGGAAACAUCUCGUCAUGGAUCUCGAUCUUAAGCGCCCGUGUAACUGCCAGCGAGCACGAAAGCGAUGUCACUGUUUUCGGCCUCACAGCAACGAAAUAUGGCUGUUUUCAAGAUACUCUACCGGCUGGAAAUGCGGGCUGCACGCUGACUUCACGGAGCUGACGGCGUGCGUGGGCACGGAGCUGGACCGGCACGAGGGCGCCGCCGCGCACCGCCGCUACUUCUACAUCACGCUGCUGCGCGAGCCCGUGGCCAGGUACUUGUCGGAGUACCGGCACGUGAAGCGCGGCGCCACGUGGAAGGGCUCCCGGCACUGGUGCCAGGGGCGGAUGGCCACAGGCGCGGAGGUACCCCCAUGCUACACGGGCGACUCCUGGCGCGGCGUGACCCUGGAACAGUUCGCGUCCUGCCAGUGGAACCUGGCCAGCAACCGGCAGACGCGCAUGCUGGCCGACCUGGCGCUGGUGGGCUGCUACAACGGCACGCUGCGCCACCGCAGCGCCGACAGCGAUCGCGUGCUGCUCGCCUCGGCCAAGAGGAACCUGGCCGCCAUGGCGUACUUCGGACUUACCGAGUUUCAGAAGAUCUCGCAAUACGUGUUCGAGGAGACGUUCAACCUGCGGUUCGCGGUGCCGUUCCAGCAGCACAACGCCACCGUGUCGGGCGCCACGCUGGCCGGCCUGGCGCCCGCGCAGGUGGCCCGCAUACGUCGGUUGAACUCCCUGGAUCUGGAGCUGUACGAGUUCGCCAGGGAUCUCAUGUUUCGACGGUUCGAAGCGCUGAAAAAGCGGGAUUCCGAUUUCGAGUACCGCUGGCGGCACCUGGGCGAGGUGUCCCCGCGGAGUGGGGUCACGCAGUUCGACUGGGACAGCAACCUGGAGGACGCCACCACGGAGCGGUACCGCGGCAAGUAGGUACCGGGCCAGCGCCCAGCCCUAGCGCCCCGGGUCCCGAGUCCGGCCCGGCCCAGCGCCCUGGGUCCCGAGCCCCGCGGCUGGCGGCUCGCGCGCCUGCCCCGCACAGACCGCGCGCAGCCGCCCGCCCCACGCGUCGACGUCAUGUAGCCAACCGGCUUCCCUGUAAGAACACUGUCGACAGUCAAAUCAGUUUGAGUGAAUUCGAAGUAGGCAUUUAAGUUGGAUGUUGUGGCGAGGCAGCUUUGCGAUAUUACAUUUACUUUGUGUAGGUGUCGCGGUGUAUUAUAUUGUGAAUGAUGGAUGUGUUUUUUAUACUUAGUUACUUACAUUUAUUUAAUUAAGUGUAAUUUGUCUUGUACCAACAUGGACCGAUAAAAGCAGCUAUUUAUACCUAAAAUAUGGCUUGAACUUGAUAAUGCUCUCUGAUCGGGCACUAUUAUCGUCCCAGUGAAAAUUUGGUUCUAUAAAAUCUUGUUUUAAAACAUUGGAGUGUUUUAAGAGUGCUGUAAGUCCCUCCUCAGUGUAUAUUAUGUAUACGUGUUAUGUAUGAGAGGUUAUGUAUGAUUGUUGUUAGCACACAGGGUAGGUAGGCAUCCAGGAUGAACCCAACGAAGAUGUAAUCUCUUUAGUCUUAUAGAUAUGUUGGUUUAUAGACUACCUGUACAUAGUGUAUUAUAGCUAUUAUAAUAAAAAAAGUUGCAUUGCUAAAUUUUAAUACUGCUUUUGAUUGAUCGAAACUGCAAGUGUAUAGCAUGUUAAGAAUAAAAUAAAAGUUGUGUGUAUUUAAAAACCAAAGAUCAAAAUGUUUUAUAGGCCCUUUACAGUUUUUAAUUUGAACAAAAUAAUUACUUUUUUCAGAUAGAUGUUUGUUUUUAUUGUAUUACUUUUGUAGCAUUUUUAAAAUAUUUUGUAUUUAAAUUGUGCAUUUAUGUCUAUCACUAAAUUUAAUUAUGGUCCUUUUAUUACUAUGUUCUUAGAAACUAUAGCUUUAAAUUAUUCAAUUGUGUUCUACAAGUUGCACUUGUUGUUCAUUUUAAAAAUAUGUUUUAGGUUAAAAUAAUAUGGCUCAAGCAUGUGUAGCAAAGAAUGUACCUACCUGUUUAUUAGAUACAUUAUAUCUGAAAGAAAUGUGCCACAAAUCACUCUGAGAAAGGUUUUUCAGUUACCAAGUUGCCAUAACAAUGUAGGAACAUGGUUUGCCCAUCACUGGAACUCCCCAAAGAACAAAAGUUUACUUUCUUCAACAGUUAACUCGAAGUAAGUUUGGACGUUUUGUCUGAAGUGAAUAAGAACAAGUGUUUUAAAAGCUGUAUUUUUAUGUACAUUAUAAUUAUCUAUUACGUAUUUCGUAAUAUUUUAUAAGAUGGAUCGGUGUUAUUCUAGUGAGUUAUUAUACUUUUAAUAAAUGAAAUUUUGUGUUAACGCUUUUCAAAUACCUAACCAACAUAGGUAUUACACAUUUUCUUAAGUCGUAUUACAUGUAAAUAACUUGCAUACCUAUGUAUUUUUUAUAUCAAGUAAUAA